GGAAGCGGCCGGUGGGCAGGCUGGCGAGCGGCGCUGGGUGCGUGGGGCCGGGGCCGGUGGGCAGGGCGGGUCGGGGAGAGAAGAGGGCGGGCCGCGCAGGUGGGCGGCCGCGGCCCAGAGGGAGCCGCUAUCCCGGGCCGCCGGCGCUCGGGAGAAAAGGCUUCGGUUCGCCGGGGCGGAGGCGGCGGGGCCUUCCCGGGAGCUGCGGAGCCUCGAGGGGCGCGGCGGGCACGGCGGAGCGGGGCGCCCGCGGAGCGGCCCUGUCUGGGGCGAGGCUUGCGGCCUAGGCGGCUGCGGCCCCGGUGCCGCCCGUCCGAGUGGCUCGGGAACUAACGGCGCCGGCAGUCAUCAGCUGUCAGCGCGGGAGGGCUGCCCCGCUGCGGAGGCUCUUCCUGCGGGUGGGGCCGCCCAGGAGCCGCGCCGAGGCCGCCGCCGCCGCCGCCGCCUCCAGCCCCCGCGCCGCGCGCUGCUCCGUGCGCUGAGCGCCGGGCCGGUGCGGGCUGCGCGGCUGGGGAGCCCCGAGCGACGGGCGGGAGGCGGCGAGGAGAAGCGGGAACUUGAGGGGAGGAAACUUCCUUCCUGAGAGAUAACAGAGGGGGUACUGGGCCGAACGCUGGCGCGUUUACAGGGUGUGAGGAACCUCAGCGCCUUGCCCGGCAGCCUUGGGGGCGUGUGGGACCUUGGGUGCCGCCUGCCCUUCCCGGCCCGCUCAGCUCCGUGCCCAGCUGCCGGCGGAGCUGCUGCUCGCUCAGCCAUCCCGCGGGCCGAGCAGCGAACUCCGCGUUAGUUCAGCUGCAGCGCUCCUCCCGCUUCAGAGCGCCGGGAGCUUUCAAAAUCAUAUCAGCAGCGCAGCUCUUUCUGCUGCGGCCCCACUGUUGACAAGUAAAGAGGCAGUAGCCAAACACUGAAGAGUAUUCAAGGCACCACAAAGCGGCCCUCGACCCCGCAGCCUGCUAACAAGUCACGGGGAGAAUAAAUCAGGGCUUAGUAGGGGACUUUAAGGCCCACGUGUGAAACUUCUGACUCAUCUUGUGCGAGGUUUAGUCAUAGUGACCAUGAGAUUUGAAGAAAUAGAACCUUUGGUGUUGAAUCUGGUAACAGGACUAGUCCUGCAGGAGUUCCCUGUGGAAGAAGUUGGUACUCAGAACUGGAGAUUGUCUUAGCAGAAUUAACAGAAUUUUAAGGUUCGGUGUGUGUAUAGAGGUCAAAACCAAAGCUGUCUAAUAAGAAAGCAAAGAUGCAGAGCACCUCGAAUUACCUCUGGCUGUUGUCUGACAUUCUAGGACAAGGAGCUACUGCAAAUGUUUUCCGGGGACGACAUAAGAAAACUGGGGAUUUGUAUGCUGUCAAAGUAUUUAACAGUAUAAGUUUCCUUCGCCCCGUGGAUGUUCAGAUGCGAGAGUUUGAAGUGUUGACGAAACUGAAUCAUAAAAACAUUGUCAAGUUGUUUGCUAUUGAGGAAGAGACAACAACUAGGCACAAAGUGCUCGUUAUGGAGUUUUGUCCGUGUGGAAGUCUAUAUACAGUUCUAGAGGAACCAUCCAAUGCCUUUGGUUUGCCAGAAUCGGAGUUCUUAAUUGUGUUGAGAGAUGUAGUGGCUGGGAUGAAUCAUCUCCGGGAAAAUGGAAUAGUGCACCGUGACAUCAAACCAGGCAACAUCAUGCGUGUUAUAGGUGAAGAUGGUCAGUCUGUUUACAAACUGACAGACUUCGGUGCUGCAAGGGAGCUUGAAGAUGAUGAACAGUUUGUUUCUCUCUAUGGCACAGAGGAGUAUUUACAUCCUGAUAUGUAUGAGCGAGCAGUCUUGAGGAAGGAGCAUCAGAAAAAGUACGGAGCCACAGUUGAUCUGUGGAGUAUAGGGGUGACCUUUUACCAUGCUGCAACAGGGAGCUUGCCUUUCCGACCCUUUGAAGGACCUCGUAGAAACAAGGAAGUGAUGUAUAAAAUAAUCACUGGGAAGCCUUCUGGUGCUAUUUCUGGAAUACAGAAGGCAGCAAACGGACCAAUUGAGUGGAGCUGGGAGAUGCCUAUUUCUUGCAGUCUUUCCAAGGGUCUGCAGGUACUGCUCACACCUGUCCUUGCAAAUAUUCUGGAAGCAGACCAGGAGAAAUGCUGGGGCUUCGAUCAGUUCUUUGCAGAGACGAGUGACAUAUUGCACCGGAUAAUAAUCCACAUCUUUUCACUCCAGCAGAUGACCUUGCACAAAGUCUAUAUUCACAGCUAUAAUACAGCUGCUAUAUUUCAUGAGUUGGUCUACAAACAGACAAAGAUACCAUCUCAGAAUCAAGAACUUAUAUACGAAGGUCGGCGUUUGAUACUAGAGCCUGGCAGACUGGCACAACACUUCCCCAGAACUACUGAGGAGAAUCCUAUCUUUGUAGUAAGCAGAGAGGCUGUGAACAUUGUUGGAUUAGUCUACGAAGAAGUUUUGCUUCCUAAAGUGCAUCAACGUUAUGACUUGGAUGGGGAUGCCAGUAUGGCUAAAGAAGUAACACGUAUCGUAUGUUAUGCCUGUAGAGUUGCCAAUUCUUUGCUACUUUACCAGGAGCUGAUGCGAAGAGGAAUACGAUGGCUAAUUGAAAUAAUCAAGGAUGAUUACAAUGAAAUGGUUCAUAAAAAGACUGAGGUUGUCAUCAGACUGGAUUUCUGCAGCAGAAACAUUGAAAAAGCAGAGAAAAUAUAUGAGAAUUUGAUGCAGAUCAACUUGGAAUCAUCAGAAGUGGAUGAAAUUUCAGAGAUAAACACGAAAUUGUUGCGUCUCUCCAGCUCCCAGGGCACAAUAGAAACAAGUCUUCAAGAUAUCAAAACCAAACUUUCUCCUGGUGGUUUACUGGCUGACACCUGGGCGAAUCAAGAAGGCACACAUCCGAGAGACAGAAAUUCUGAAAGGCUGCAGACGCUGCUAUCUGCAAUCACAGAUAUUUAUUAUCAGUUCAAAAAAGACAAACAAGAACGAAGGCUUGCCUAUAAUGAAGAACAAAUUCACAAGUUUGACAAGCAGAAGCUGUAUUUGCACGCUACCAAAGCCAUAGCUCUGUUCAAAGAUGAAUGUGUCAGCAAGUACGAUGCAUUUCUGGACAAGGCUGAGGACUGGACAAGGAAAAUGCUUCACACAAGGAAGCAGUUGCUAGCUCUCACCAACCAAUGUUUUGAUAUUGAAGAAGAAGUAUCCAAAUACCAGGAUUAUAUAAAUGAGUUACAAGAUGCUCUGCCUCAGAAAAUGUUUGCAGCUUCCACUGGGAUGAAACAUACCAUGAAUACAGUUUAUCCAAGUUCAAACACAUUAGUAGAAAUGACUCUUGGUAUGAAGAAACUAAAGGAGGAAAUGGAAGGGGUUGUUAAAGAGCUGGCUGAGAACAAUCAUAUUUUGGAAAGAUUUGGUGCUUUGACUGCAGAUGGUGGCCUGAGGAAUGUGGACUGUAUCUAACUUUCAAAGGACCUGAAGAAGAUUUGUACAUUUUUCAAAGGGGAAAAAAAAUACUGAUAGGACAUUUAAAAGCAGAUAAUAAAUCUGUAUCCAGUUUUUUUCCUCUGCAACUGUAGUAUUAAAAAAAAAUUUUGUAAAUAUGUAUAAUAUGUAAAUAUAGAAGAAAUAUAUAUAUCUUUUUUUGUCAGCAUUUAGGGUAGGAUUAAUCCUGGCAGGGAAUGUAGUUCUGGGAGGAUUUCUGAUGUAGUCUUAAAGGCAAAAGUGUUGUUGAUGAAGUUGACAUUUGUUUGGUUUUAAUAUUGCCCCUUUUUCAGAAUGCAGUUUACUCGUUAUUGCAAGAGUAACCUAUAGAAGUCCAGAAGUUAUGAUUAAUCUUUAAAGGGUGUCUUAGAUUUCCUCUAACCACUCACAAGAAAGAUAUGGAGGCCCUGGAGUGUGUCCAGAGAAGGGCAAAGAAGCUGUGAAGAGCUUGGAGCACAAGUCUUAUGGGGAGAGGCUGAGGGAACUGGGGUUGUUCAGUCUGGAGAAGAGGAGCCUCAGGGGAGUCCUUAUUGCUCUCUACAGUUGCCUGAAGGUAGGUUGUGAUGUAGUGGGGGGUCAACCUCUUCUCCCAUGCAACAGUGAUAGCACAAGAGGAAAUGGCCUCAAGUUGUGUCAGGUGAGGUUCAGGUUGGAUGUUAAGAAAUACUUCUCUGAGAGAGUGGUCAGGCAUUGGGACAGGCUGCCCAGGGAGGUGGUGGAGUCACCCUCCCUGGAGGUGUUCAAGGAAUGUUUAGAUGGACUAAAGGAUCUAAAGGAACCUUUAGAUGGACUGACUGGUCCCCACUGAGGGAUGUGGUUAGUGGGAAGUACUGCUGAUAAGUUGGACUGGAUGAUCUCAGAGGUCUUUUCCAACCUUGGGGAUUCUGUGAUUCUAUUACUUUAGAGUCUAGCUGAAAGACUCUAGUCAUCCCAAAACAGAAGAGCUGUUUUAAGUAAACUCUCUGUGAAUAAGUGUGAAUGGAGACUAAAAGCACAGACAGGACACGGUGGAAACACAUUUGUCUUGUCUUCGUGUGCUUUCUUCAAGUUCUCUUCUAUGGGGAAAUAAAUUCACAGUAUUUUUUUUAAAGUCCUUGCCCAUAUUCGAUGCCAUGUUGUCUGUUCUGUAUAUGGAAGUUUGACACUGCAGGUGUCAGACUGAAUGUAGAAACUCCUUUUGUAGAGUACAGCACUUUCAGAAUGUUCCUGAAAUCUUGUUGCUUACUACAAGAGAAGCGGGUUCUUAAAAUAAGAUCGUUUUUUUCAGAAUCCUCUCUGCAGGCAUAAUUUUUAAAGGUUAAAAACUACUAUUGCAGCAGUUUUGGGGCGGUGAGUAGAACAGACAGCAUUAUACCUCAGUGGCAACUGAACGUUAGAACAGUCACGUAACCAGUCCAGAUCUUGGAAAAAUGACCCACACCCACUGCUGACCUGUAUAUUUUUCAACAUUGCGUUGAUGACCCCUUGCUGUUUCAAAGGCUCUUAAUUUUGAAAGAAACUGAGCGUUAGUUGGAAUAUGUGAUUUUCAACGUCCUUUAUACCGAAGCAAUCUGAAUAGGAAAGCUCGUUGUGAUAACAAUAUCGUCUGUAUAUUGAAGUACGUGAGGCAUUCUUUUCCAUGGUUGAAAUUGAUUUACGUUCUAUUAUGUUCAUUUUAAACAUUGCUGGUUUUAGUGUUGCUAAAUACAUCGGCGAUCUUAAUCUUGUUAAAAUUACUUUGCAGAAAGUAAUUUUAACUACGCACUAGCUAAGGAAGUAAUCAGUCUGUGUUCUACUGAUUACCUUCUUAUGAAGUCAAUGUAUUUUUCCUGUCGAGGUGUGGCAUAUGAUACCAUGGAACUCUUGGCUCAUACUAAGUGUCCUGAUGCUAUCAGACACGCUACUGAUUUGCCAAAAGAAGUAAUAGAAAGUAAUAUAUGGUUCUUCCUCCUGAAGCUGGUUUGCUGUUUUGGGGGGUUUAGCGUAGUAUAUUAAUUAUCUGUUACUCAAACAAAUCUGCUGUCAUACGAAUUGUGAAAAUGCAUGAGUGAAUGACUUAAAUACAUCAUCGACUGCUUA